AACUGUGAUCAAAAUUUCAUGAUAUGUUGACCGUACACUAACCGCUUGCUCGAGCAUCCCUUUUUGUGGCCCUGUUCGAUACGCUUCCUAUAUAAAGAAGUAACAGCGCAACACGUGUCUUUAGUACUUGUAGUAAUCCUCAUUCAACAGUUAAAAUGGAAGACCUCAAUUUUACUCACUUUCUCCAUGGGGAAGGCGUACCGCCGUGUUGUGUCGCAAUCAGUACGCUAAUCAAUUAUAUUGUGAUGCACUAUUUUGCUCACUUUUUUGCCGUUUGUGUCAUACGCUCGCAAGUGGACACCGUCUAUCACACUUCACCGAUAGCGACGAUUGUGCUCGAGCUGGAUGAUGACUUUGAAAUGGCGCUCGGUGUGGCGGUCGAUAUGGGUUGUCAGUCGUUUAUUGUUAGCGAGCGGACGGCCGACGGGUUUUUCGAUGCCUUUCUACCGGUACACGAAGCAGCAUUACAGCGUACGAUGGAGAAAAGAGUUCUGGUGGUGCUUGAUCACAAUUCUGCCGUGUUUCGUACCAUCGACCAGCAGCUCGUGAUCGAAGAAAUUCCGGAAGUACUGGUUGUGCUGCCCACCACAACACCGUCCGGUACUAGUACGAUCGAACUUUACACACUGGACAUAUCCGACGGUGCCCCGGUCACCAUCGUUCCUCGGCUGAUCGAUGUGAUCGACACCCGGAACGCUCGCACUACUACUAUUGUCCGCAACGCGAGCCAGGAUGCCGUCGACUACUUUCCGGACAAGUUUGUCAACAUGAACAAGCGUCGCCUAAGGCUUGGCACUGUACCCUACCUACCGAACGCGUUCGUAGAGGACAAGCCGCUGGGAGAAGGAAACGCGCGCUACAUUCUGCCAUCGAAACCGAACGUGUCGGCCAUGGUGAGCGGAACGGAGCUCUGGUUGGUGACACUGUUCUGUGAAAUUGCCAACUGUACGACCGAAAUCAUGAUCGCUCCCGAAUGGGGCAACGUGUUCGACAACGGUACCAAGAUUGGGUUGAUUGGGGCACCGGCGAAGCGCGAGGUGGACAUCACGUUCGCGGGCCUCUACACCUGGUACUCCACCUUUCAACAUCUGGCGUUCAGUGCGGUCCAUUCGCGGAGCGGCUGCACGUGUAUCGUCGCGAAACCGCGCAUCGUUGCCAACUGGCGUACCCCGUUUCUGUCCUUUGCCGGUUCGCUGUGGGGCGCUGUGCUGGCCGCAUUCAUCACCGGUACGCUCGCCAUCAUGGCCCUGUCCCGGAGCCGGCAGCGGAUCCUGCAGCUGCACGAGACGGCUCGCUACACGUUCAGCGACUCGGUGCUGAUCAUGAUCGGAUUCUUCAUGGAGCAAAGUGUGCCGAUGCCGAACGAUCUGCUGGCAUCGUGCUUCCUGUUCGCCACGCUCAUGUUCGCCGGGUUCAUGAUCGGCAGCAGCUACAAUGGGGGGCUGGCCAGCACCAUGAUCGUGCCGCAGUACGAGCGUAGCAUCAACACGGUGCACGAUUUGGCCGAGACGCGCACCACGUGGGUUGGGGUUAGCGUGUCCUGGAUCUACUCGAUCCAGCUGGCGUACCAGCCGGACAUGCUGACGCUGCUGCAAACGUUCCGCGAGUGGGAGGAGGAUGAAAUUUUGCGCCGCGCCAACGACCGCGAGGUGGCGAUCAUCGUCGAGCGGAUGGAGUACGGCCACUUUGCCCACCCGGCCAUCGGUCUGGACGCGAUGAAGGGCCGCAAGAUGAUGGCGGAAGACAUCUACUGGGAGUCGGUCGUCGGGAUGUGUUCCAAGACGUGGCCGGCGCGGGCUCGCUUCGAUCGGAUGGUGCUGCAGCUGAAGGCGUCCGGCAUUCUGGCCCACUGGGAGCUGAUCGGGGUGGCCAAGUAUUUGAGCUUCAAGUCGCAGCAAAUCAUACGCUACUCGCGCGAAAGCACGGGCGAUGAAUUUACGCCACUGCGCAUGGCCAACAUAACGGGGGCGCUGUUGAUACUGGCCGCCGGGUUGUCGCUAGCGGUGAUUGCGUUUCUGGCGGAACUGAAGCAACGAAAGAGAGAGAGUAGAGCACACAAAAUGGACCGCUUUGCAGCCUCGAACGCGUUCAAUACAAGCUUGCAACUCCUUCUGAGCCAUGUGUUGAGCGUAGCUUUUACGGAAAACUACAGCGUUUGCUUUAUACGCACACCGCACGAAGAAAUUCCCUUGAGCGAGACACCAUUACUACUGGCUCAAGUGCAUAUCGUGACGGAGGUGAACGAUCAGUUUCGCCACAAGCUGCUUCAAGCCGUGGACGCUACUAGCUGUGCAGGAUUCAUCGUCACGGAGCGGGUCCUGUUUCCGUUCCUGGACCACUUCAACGCGGUACACGAGCGGGCAAAGGUGCGAACAUCUCCCAAGCAUCUGAUCGCCCUCCUGAUGGCGUCGUCGCUCACCGAUACAGCGACACGCACGAAGCUGAUGGCACACCGGGAAACGUUCGAGUCGCUAGUGAAUGUGUUGCUUAUCGUUGCUUCUCGCAACGAAAGCAACGUCACAGGCGACAGUAGCUCGUUUGCGCUACACACGACAACACUCCUGCCCAAGCGUCCGAUCGGUGUAGCGGUAGAGUUGGUUCAAAUUGGUGCCGACCUAACAACAACCGACGGGACGGGACGCUUCGGGCCGAACCAGUUGUCCGGAAACGUGCGUGACUUUUUCCCCGACAAAGUGCGCAAUAUGCAUGGGAGAAGGGUGCGCGUUAGUACGCUGGAGUAUGUGCCCUGUACCGCGUUUAAGAAGGUGCCAAUAGGGCAGGGCAAUGCGAAGGAUGUGGACGACGUAAGCCACGAGCUGUGGCUGGACGGAUUCGAGCUGAUCAUGACGCUGGAGUUUUGUCGCCGGCACAACUGCACCGUGGAGAUGCUGAUCCAAACGGAUUGGGGCGAACUGCUGGAGAAUGGGUCGUACUCCGCGAUUCUCGGUGACAUUGUGGAGCGACGGGCUGACCUCGGAUUGGGCGCACUGUUGGCUUGGCAUGCCUGGUACGAGGUGGCAAGCAUCACCUCCAUGAUCGGCAUUUCGAUGAUAUCGGUUCUCGUGCCGAAACCCCAGCUGCUACCCUCCUGGCAGUUUCCGUUCCUUUCGUUUCCACCCUCGCUCUGGCUUACCGUGGGCCUCACAUUCACGGCCGGCACUGUGACCGUGUUCAUCGUAGCGAUCACUCGCCAACGAAUCCGAAACGCGGCACGGAAACCCAGCUCACAGCACCUGUUCGACGCGCUGUUCUUCAUGUUCAGCUUGUACGUGGAACAAUCGGCCCGGCUGCGGCACGAUCUGGUGGCCGCCACCGUCCUCCUGACGGCGCUCCUCUUCGGUGGGUUUAUGGUCGGUAACAGCUAUGCCGGUUCGCUGGCAAGCAUCAUGACGCUGCCGCGCUACGAACAAUCGAUCGACACGGUGGCGGACUUCCUGAGGCGAGACAUGCGCUGGACCGGUGGUAGCAACGUGUGGAUCUACACACUGUACAUGGCGACGACACCGGCAAUGAUACGCAUGCGGGACAGCUUCGUCAUCAUACCGGACAGUGCGGUGCGCGAACGGUUGCCCUUUACCGAUCGCAGCAUGGGGUACGUGAUCGAGGGCAUGAUGCACGGAAGCUACGGUCUGGGGACGCCCCUGAGCGUCAACGCGUCCCGGCUGCUGCAACCGCUCAAGCAACCGAUCUACUUCGACCACACGAACGGGUUCGUCAGCAAGGUGUGGCCAAUGCGGGACGCUUACAAUGCAUUCAUCUUGGAGCUGCAUCAGUGCGGUGUGUUGCACUAUCUGGAGCUUACGUCUCUCAUUAGGAAUGUUGGCCUUACGGUACAACGCAACAUUGUCAAUGCCCGUGCUAAGGAACAGGAACACGAACCGACGCCCCUCUCGAUCGAACACUUUUUGGGAGUAUUUUUCAUACUGUUUUUCGGCCACAGUUUAGCUUGUGUCGUGUUCGUUGUGGAGCUGAUGUGUCAUCGCCAUCGGUGGAAGGACAACAAAGUUCGUUAAAAUAG